AUGUCUAAGGUCCUGAAGGUAGUGGACAUUUCUGAGCCAAUCGAAAGCAUCAGCGAUACGCUGCUCGAAGCUGCUAGAGAGCAGGGCUUCCUAUUUGUUGAAGGCCAUGAUUUCACGCAGGAAGAAGUUGACAUCUUAUUCACCCUCUCCAAGCAGUUCUUUGAGGAAACUCCAGACGACGUAAAAAGCCAGUAUAGCAUCAACAAAAACAAUAUUGGCUACACGCAUUUCACGAAUGAGCAGCUAGACCCCCGCAAGGCCCGUGAUUUCAAAGAGGGCUACAACUUUGGAUUUAUCAACUUCAAAACGGGCCAAUUCAAUAUAAAUGAAGACGAAUACAUGGGCAAAGAAAACACCGACUCUCAGCGCACCAGCGGCAGCAAAAACGAUGUCCCAACGUUUUUCCAAUCCAAGCAGGAGCUCAUUUCUCGUACUACGCAAAAACUGCAUGCAACUGCUGCUAGGAUUUUAGAGGUGAUGACAAGAGGGCUGCAGGUCGAAGACCCUGAGUUUUUCACUAGCAAGCACCGCCCUGACAAGCCAAGCGGCUGCGUUUUCCGGAUGUUGCGUUAUCCUUUGAUAAGAGAGGAUUUGGACGCGACCCUUGACUACGACCCAACCAUCAGGGCCGGCGCACACACGGACUAUGGCUCUCUCACACUUUUAUUCCAACGCGAGGGGCAGCAAGGCUUGCAGCUCCAGACUGGUGACCCGGAAAAUAACGACGGCUGGACCGAGGUUCCUUUCGUUCGCUCCAAGUACGAGGGUAAAGCACCACCGCUUGUGGUCAAUUUCGGCGAUCUUCUUUCCUACUGGACUAAUGGUGUACUGAAGAGCACGGUCCACAGGGUCAAAUUCUCUCCUGGGGAAUCACGCGAAUCUGACCGUUACUCAAUCGUCUUCUUCGUUCACCCCGAGAACUCCACAUUGCUAACUCCUGUUCCUAGUGAACUAGUGGCUUCUGCUGGAAAUGGAGCGGCUCCUCCAACAAUCACUGCUGCGCAGCACCUUCAGGAGCGACUGGCCGCCACCUAUGAGUCCAGAACUUAG